UGAUAUCUGGUUACUUACCAUGUGACUUGUUUCACAGAAGGGGCUCUGAAAACAGCCUAACAUUAUGCACAGUAUCAUUUUGGAGUCUUUGCAGUUAUAUUUCUAUAUUGACCUCGCUUGCAAAUUGCAUAAUUUUAACAGAAAAUAUAUUGGAUGUUGUUGUUUGACUUAUUUGUAUUUAUUUAUUUUUUUUAGUGUUGCCUUGCUUAACUUCUUGAACUGCUGCUAUAUCAGCCUAUAGCAUCUCUUGCUCUCACGCUCAGUGCACAACCUGUAUCUUGGUUUAGUUGUUCAGGCCAAAAUAAAAAAAAGUGGUGAUUGUUUUCAUAUUGCAGCAUGUGGGGAAAGAAAAAGGCUGCCCAACUGAUUUUGUUUUUUCAUGACAUGACAAGACAUGAUAAGGUUUUUGUAAGGCGGCGUCUCUUCUUGUUUUUUUAAUCUCCAAAAACAUCACAGCUUUUUCGUCACAGUGAAAUUUAACAGAAGACAUGACAACUGAUGCUUACGAAAAUUAAAAAUGGCAAACAACAUGACAACUAAUGAUGGAGUGAGUGAUCCUACACAUAUUUGUGAGGAUAACGUUCCAAUUUUUACCGGGACUUUCUUCAUCUUAAUCUUCAUCCUCAGUGUCAUAGGCAACAGUCUCCUCUUAUGUGUUCUUUUCAUCUACGAGGACCUGAAAAGUAUCACAAAUAUUUUCAUCCUGAACCUGGCCUGCUCUGAUUUGAUCUUCACCAUCACACUUCCAUUCUGGGCCGUUGGUCACCUACACCACUGGAUCUUUGGGGACUUUGUCUGCAAAUUCGUGACUGCCACAUUCUUUGUUGGUUUGUACAGCAGUGUCAUUUUACUGACUGCCAUGACAGUUGCCCGUUUCAUUAGGGUGGUGCUGCCAACUUGGAAAAGUAACCGUGCUAGAAGAAAGAAGUGUGCAAUCGGUGCCUGUGUAGCUGCCUGGGUCAUCAGCAUCUCAGCAUCCCUCAGUGAUGCUGUGAAAGUACAGGUUGAACACUGGUAUGGUAAAGACUAUUGCUACUAUAAAUCUGAUGAAAACCUUGGACGUUAUCUCCAAGUGUCACUGCUAUUCUUCCUCCCAUUUGCCAUCAUUAUUUUCUGCUAUUCUGCCAUCCUCAAGACGGUUUUGCAAGGUUUAAAUAGAAAUAAGCAAAAGACUGUAGCUGUGCUGUUGUGUAUUGUUGCAGCCUUUUUCAUUUGCUGGGGGCCAUACCAUAUUAUGCUUUUAAUUAAAUCUCUUGAUAAAUCCAAAGAUUGUAAGGUACUGAAACGGUUAGCAGUUGCCUACCAUAUUUGUGAAAUGCUUGCCUAUUUUCACUGCUGUAUGAACCCACUGCUAUAUAUGCUCUCACAGAAGAUGCGAACGCAUCUGUUGAAUCUUAUGCACUGUGAAAAUGUGCGCAGGAAGAACAGAGAGAGAGACACCAGGCAGGAUGUGGCUUUCACUGCCCAGAGAUCUCCUGACAGUCCACAUAGUCAGUCGUUAAAUUAAGCAUUGAUUCAGUUUGUAAAUGUAAAAGUAGAGACUGUAUUUCUUUACUUUUACACAUGCACAUAUUUAUAUGUAUAUGUAUAUAUAUAUGGUAAAUGGUAAAUGGCCUGUAUUUGUAUAGCGCUUUACUUAGUCCCUAAGGACCCCAAAGCGUGUCUUUAUGAUUGGUUUUAUUCUGAUUUUAGUGUUUGCUUGUAAGUGUAGUUUUGAUUUUAUUUGCAUGAUUUUAUUCUGAUAUUUGUAUUGCCUUUUUCUAGUUGUUUGUUUAUAUAACGUCAUUAUAAUGCACUGUGGGCUGGCUGGACAUGGGACCUGUCCAGCCCUGAGGUGGCCUAUCAGCUAGUGAAACGACCUAAAGCUGACUGAGCACUGAAAGAGGGCCCAGGUAUGAAGAGAAAGGAGCGUGUAGGAAACAGGCAUGGGAGAGAAGGACAUGCUGCCUGAUCACCAGGUGAAAACGGCUUGUGAAAGGACGGGCAGAGCAGCGCGACGCGGCGUCCCAUUUUCCGGCAACAGAUACGGCGUCCAGUGGGGUAAAAACCGCAUGUGAUCAACAGCAGGGCAGAGGUGAACCUCUGUGAUUAACCUGCAGGAUUAACCUGAGUGUCCCAGUCCUGGACAAGUUUUUUAAUAUUGGCCUGAUUGUCGCCUUAGCAGGGAGUCUACUGAGUCUACUUAACCAGGAUCGGAGACAUGGUUGAGGUGCCACAAUUGAGGUCUUUUUGGCUACGUUCACACUGCAGGUCUUAAUGCUCAAUUCCGAGUUUUUUGAUCAAAUCCGAUUUUUUUGUCUGCUUG